AGAUGGUAAGCAAAAGUUAUGGCGGGCGGUGCGAGUUGUGAGCAAUAGGAACUCAUGGUAAGGGAACCGGGUUCUGAGUGAGUGCGGCCGAAUGUUGCGGCAGGUGAUUGGAGGAACAAGCAGAUGUGAGCACUAUAGAAAAAAGGAAGGUUUACCAGUCCACCCAUCAGUUGUUGAGAGAAGGAGGAUCUGGAGAAAGGAUGCUUCCAGCAGCUUCAACUUUUUACUACCUCUGGGAGCUCAGCACCGGUCAAGUCCCAUUUGGAGCCACGGUACGAACUUUUGGAAGGCUCUGCAGGUAUGAUCUGGCACAGUCCCUUGCUACAAUCACAGCACAACAUGCCUCUGCCCAGCACAUGCUCCGCAUCAGCACACGGUUGGUAGAGCCCCUCUCUGCCACUAUAGGCUCUCAUUACCUUGCACUGGGAGAAUUAGAGGAACAUGGCAACCUUCCUGUGCUGUGCGUGCGUGUGAUGAGUUGCAUCGAUGGAGCAAACCUGUCUCUGCUUCAGCAGGCUGUGGAAGAACAGAGAAAGUAUUUUCGGAGCAGAGAGGGAACUUGAAAUGGGACAACGAUGAGAAACAAUCUUGUUAACAGGCUAUAUCCAUAAGCUGGAGAUUUAUUUGCAGGCAAUUAAAGGUCCUGUCCGCUUCUGGUACUGGUCCACAGAAGAUAUCUUGUAAACAUAAUCAUUUCUGAGUAGCCUGCGAACUACAACUACAAGCAUCCCCCAACAGGCUUUGCCUUGGUGUUCCAUGUAUUCCACUGGGCAGCCUAAUUGGACAUCCCUGACCGGUAUUUACUGUUGCCAUAAGAUGGCAGCUUCAUUCAGUUAAUUUCAUGCUGUGUGAGAAUGCUGACUAGGCUUCUGGGUUUUCAAAUUCCCACUAUCUGUAUAAAUUGCAACACUUAGUUCAGGAAAGGUUUUUGAUUUUCUAAAUUGUACAGCCUUUAGUAAAACCAGAUAUUUUAUUUCAUUUAUAAUGUCAGAGUUCUGUUUAAUUCCCCCUAUCACAGCAAAUUCUAUUGAACCAUGCUUUGUUUAUGUAUAUCUCAAAUUUAGCCAAAUGUUAAAUAAACCCCAUGGGCUGGUGAGGUA